AUGAUGACGAGGGACCUGGCUCUGGCAGGCAUGCUGAUUAGCCUGGCUUUCCUGUCACUGUUGCCAUCUGGAUGUCCUCAGCAGACCACAGAGGACGCCUGCUCUGUGCAGAUUCUUGUCCCCGGACUCAAAGGGGAUGCAGGAGAAAAGGGAGACAAAGGAGCCCCAGGGCGGCCAGGAAGAGUCGGCCCUACAGGAGAAAAAGGAGACAUGGGGGACAAAGGACAGAAAGGCACCGUGGGCCGCCAUGGAAAAAUUGGUCCCAUUGGCGCUAAAGGUGAAAAAGGAGACUCUGGUGACAUCGGACCCCCGGGUCCCAGUGGAGAGCCUGGCAUUCCAUGUGAGUGCAGCCAGCUGCGGAAGGCUAUCGGGGAGAUGGACAACCAGGUCACUCAACUGACAACUGAGCUGAAAUUCAUAAAAAAUGCACUGCCCUCCCCUGCAGCUGUUGCUGGUGUGCGUGAGACUGAGAGCAAGAUCUACCUGCUGGUGAAGGAGGAGAAGCGGUAUGCAGAUGCCCAGCUGUCCUGCCAAGGCCGAGGAGGCACCCUGAGCAUGCCCAAGGACGAGGCGGCCAAUGGCCUGAUGGCGUCGUACCUGGCACAGGCCGGCCUGGCCCGAGUCUUCAUAGGCAUCAAUGACCUGGAGAAGGAAGGUGACUUUGUGUACUCUGACCGCUCCCCCAUGCAGACUUUCAACAAGUGGCGAAGUGGAGAGCCCAACAACGCCUAUGACGAGGAGGACUGUGUAGAGAUGGUGGCCUCAGGGGGCUGGAACGAUGUGGCAUGCCACAUUACCAUGUACUUCAUGUGUGAGUUUGACAAGGAAAACUUGUGAGUGCUCAAAGUCUGUAGCUCAGGGGAGACAGCCAUCUGAACCCUAUCCUUCAUAAACAGCCUUCAGGACACCAGUGGCCACAAGCUACCCCUGAGAUCAGUCACCAUGUCUGCCAGUUCCUUUCCAUAAGGAGUUCAGAGCCUCAUUGCCAGAAGGGCAGUUUGAAUCAUAGGAGGGGGAACCCUUGGUUCCCAGUGCUGGUCUGCAUAGGUGAAGUUUUACCACUGUGUCCGAGCCGAGAUGCCCAUUAUAGAGUCACCACUCAGAAAGAUGCAGUGAUACCCUUGUCUUUGUCCAGCCACAAAUCAAUGCAAAUGUCGAAGCAGUCAUGUGCAAACAGUGGCAGGUAGGAGUUGCCACCCACUUUUCAAACUACACAAAAAGCACCAUUCGGUGGUGACCAAUGUUUCUAUAAGUUACUCUAACACAUAGGUGCCUUUCACUAUUACCCACGUAGGAACACAGCUGCUCUGCUUCAAACCCAUAC